AUGGAGUUGCCACCUGGUGUUAAGUUUAGACCCAAUGACCAAGAAAUUUUUCUCUACUAUCUUCUCAACACGGUCCAAGGGAACCCAAUCUUCAAGGACUCGAUGAAUGUUAUCGUCGACUGUGAUGUUUUUGGCGAUCCUAGCACGUGGAUGAAGAUUUUUCAAGAAACCCAUAUGGACCGUGUCUAUUUUUAUACCAAACUGAAGAAGAAAAAUAAGCAUGUUGAGAGAUCUACACAUUCUGCAACCUGGAGAAGUCAAAAGGACGAAGAGCUUUAUGAUGAUAGCAAAACAAUACACUAUGGGUCUAAGCGAAGUUUAAGUUUUGUCGCUAAGAAUGGCCUCACUGGCACGGGAAGGUGGACCAUGAAUGAAUACCGACUUGAUGGGGAGUUUGCAAACACAACUAAUCAUGAUAAUUAUGUCAUUUGUUGCAUUUCAAAGAAGGAGAAUAUCUAG